AUGACUAAGCAGACGGAAGAGGCCGAUCGCGAGCUCGGCGUCCUGAGCGGCGACGCUGGAGGCGAUUCGUUGAGCAACAUGUCGGCCGGCGACAUCAAAGAUGCACAGGUUUUGAAAAACCUUGGUUACAAGCCGGUCCUGCGCCGGACGUAUAACCUUUUUGAAAACUUCUCGACGACGUUCGCGGCCCUGUACUUUGUCGGUGGUGUGCGCACCACCUUUUCGACCGGCAUUGCAUCCGGCGGAAAUCUCGCGUAUUGGACGAGCUACCUCGUGACGCUCGUGUUCAGCUUCAUCACGGCAGCCGUUAUUGCCGAGAUCUGCUCGUCGCUGCCCCUUGCCGGCUCCAUCUAUCUCUGGGCUGCUGAGUCGGGCGGGCCUCGCUUCGGCCGCUUCUUCGGCUUCGUCGUCGCGUGGUGGAGCACCACUGCCUGGACGACAUUCUGUGCCAGCAAUACCCAGGCUGCUGUUAACUAUAUGCUCUCCGAAACCGUCGUGUUCAACCUCGACUUCCCAUCCGACAGCUCCAGUGUCAAGUUCCGAGCUGUGCAAUGGAUCUGCACCGAGGUCCUUCUCGCACUCGCGUGCAUCUGGAACCUCCUUCCUCCAAAGUACUUCCGGUCGAUCUUCUACCUGUCCAGCUUCUCGGUCCUCCUUGACUUUCUUCUCAACAUAAUAUGGCUUCCCAUUGCCACUAAGAACACGUACGGCUUCAACACGGCGCACGAAGCCUUUAUGACCACCUACAACGGUACCGGCGCACCGGCUGGCUGGAAUUGGUGCCUGUCGUAUCUUGCCACUGCUGGCAUUUUGCUCGGCUUCGAUGCCUCUGGACACGUUGCCGAGGAGACGAAGAAUGCGGCCAUCACUGCUGCACGCGGCAUCUUCUGGAGCACCGUCGUCAGUGGCAUCGGCGGCUUUGUUGUGGUCAUCUUGUUCCUCUUCUGCGUGCCCCCUGCAGACAUCCUCUUCUCGUUCGGUGGCUCCCAGCCAUUUGUUCCGCUGUACGCCGCCAUUCUAGGAGAUGGUGGUCACAUCGUCAUGAACGUGCUCUGCAUCGUCGCCCUCUGGUUUAACACUGCCAUUGCUGUCCUUGCUGCUUCGCGGUUGGUGUUUGCCGUCGCUCGUGACGGUGUGCUCCCGUACUCCACGUGGGUGUCCAAGGUCGUCAACGGCCAGCCACGCAAUGCUGUCAUCGUCGUGUGGGUGGUUUCGGCCAUCAUCACAUGCACCGUCUUGCCCUCAGCCGUGGCCUUUACCUCGCUCGUCUCCGCCGCCGGAGUGCCAUCGGCUGCUGCCUACGGACUCAUUUCCCUAGCCCGUCUGGUCCUGACACCCAGGACCUUCCCAAAGCCGGCUUGGAGCCUAGGCCGUUGGAGCAAGCCAUUCCAAUUCGUGUCCGUCUUCUGGAACGGCUGGGUCGUCGCCGUGCUCUAUUCUCCGUACGAGUUCCCCGUCACGGCACAGACUCUCAACUAUGCGCCUGUCAUAAUGGUCAUUGUAACUAUAUUUGCCAUUAUUUCGUGGUGGUGGAUCCCAGCAUCCGAGUGGCUACCAAGCCAGAGGAUCCAGGCGACGUUGGAGGCACCAGACCUCUCAAGUUCGGAGCCAGAAGUAGUCUUGAAGGCCUCAUAG